AUGGCUUCUUCUUCUUCUUCUUCUGCUUUCUCAACAAUAACCCGUUGGAUUGGUCGGAAAUGGUUUGCCGGAUUAUCUAAUCAUCCGAUUGUAUGGAUGAUUGGAAAAAGAAGCGUUUAUCCGAAAGGUAUGAGCACGUUGGCCGAACCGAUGUCAACGAAACAAAACCCUUGGCUUAUGCUGCCUCCAGCCUUUGACGUCACCGUCACGGGCACCGCCAGCUUAAGCUACAAGUUCUACAACGUCGCCGACAACAAAAUCGUAACCCUCGAUACAGGAAAAAGCGAAUUAACGCAUCUGCACAUGCGUUUUGCGGGAUCUUCACACGGGUGGCUGGCUUUGUUGAGCCCCAGCCAGGAUCUGUUUCUCUAUAAUCCCAUCUCCCGUCGCCACAUAAAACUCCCUUCGGUUGGCGACCUGACCGAAUACCCUGCAAGCCCCACCAUAAUAUACAAGAUCAUACUCUCGUGCUCCCCAGAAGACCCAAAUUGUCGGGCCAUCAUUAUCUACAACAACAAAUAUGCCCUGGCUUUCUGCUGCCCUGCCUCCAGCAAGGACUGGACCCGUAUGGGUGAUCACCAUUGGCUCAACGGAAGUUUGGGACUACCAUUGCGCAAUGGGUAUUGGGGUUGUGUCUACUCCACAAGACAUGAAGCAUUGUUUAGCCUUAGGAGAGAGGGCGUAUUGGAAUCUUGGGAUCUUCAUUCACUCAGGGCGGUGAAGAUAGCCGAUGGUGGACGCACUGGAAUAGUUACGAUGAGGUAUCCGAGGAAAAUAUGUAAUAAUUAUAAAGAUUAUAAAGAGGAGUUGGGGCUACCGUGUAAAGUAGUACAUCAUCUUGUAGUGGCCGGGCCCCGGCAUGAUCUCCUCAUGGUGUCUCAAUACGUGGCUUGUUUUGAUUUUGAUGGAUUGUAUGUUGACUGCUUAGACCCGCAUCCGGAUAAACGAGGCCUUCGUCUUCCAUUUCUGACUAUUGGUUUUUUUGUUUAUAAAUAUGACCCUGAGGAUGAGGAUUUAAAGUACGUCAACUCUUUAGAUGGCUUGGCACUUUUCGUUGGCUACCACAGUGAUGGAUUUGCAUUGCCUGCAGCAGAAUUCCCGCAGCUCAAAUCCAAUUCCAUUUACUUCACGGAUGCACUAGAUAAUGUCAUUUGUCCUGUGCAUACAAAAGCAACUGGUGGCCAUGACAUCGGCAUUUUCGAUUUUAACAACAAGACUGUGUUGCCAUGCUAUUAUCCAUCUGAUGUCAAGAAUAUGAGCAAGACUUUCCCAGCGCCUACUUGGUUCUUCCCAAGUCCUCCUGCGUGA